UUUUUGUGUCACUCCACUCUUUCGAUGCGCAGUGUUGCAAGCGUCGCAGCGACUUCAACCAGCCAGCCAUUGCUCGCCUGCGCCGGCCAAGCGGUCGUCGUGCACUGCGCGGCACAGCGUCUGCACGUGUUUGCACCUCCACAGCCGCAGUCACAGUCGCAGUUGCAGUCACAGCCGGUGGUCUGGCGACUGCCAGCCAACCCAGUCGAUUGCCAUCAUGUAGAUGCAGCGGACACGGCGGGGCGCACGCUGGUGCUGCUGGCCAACGGAGCAGUCUACGCGCUGCCGCACGAUUUACAACCACCGCUCAGACCGGCAACAAAGCAACAACCGCGCGGGAAGCGGCGACGUCAAUGGACGCUUCCGGACGACGACGAGGAUGAAGCCGAAGACCACGGCGAUGCACCGUCGCAUCCGCUCAAGCGAUUCGCAGAAGAUCGCAAUCAUCCUAGCAAUAGUGCAAGUCAACACGAGGAACUCGAUCUGUUUGCGCUGGACAUUGUGCCGCCGCUGGUGUCCAACCAAGAAACUCGAAAACGACGAGAUGCAGACGCAACGCGACCGGCGUUGACAUCCUAUCGAAUUGACGUACCCCAGAACACCAGUUCGCGAGGAUUGGCCAUGGCCGUGCUGUAUCGCAACGACGAUUUGCAGCAGCCCCGCCUUGUCAUUCUCUCGCGCAACACGGACUCUGCCGAACGUUUAGAACUGCGAUGGAACUGCUCAACUUCGUCCGCGGACGUCUGGAGCAGCGCUACUUUGCAUCUGCCAGGCGCAACCGACAGUCACCGCCAGCGACCAGCGCUCUGUGUGGUCGGGGCACGCAGUGCGAGCGCAUUUUCUGGUCUCGAACUACUAAACUCGGCAUUGUUGGGCUUACUCAACCGACGAGCAUCGACGGCGUCAGGCACGCUUCUUUAUUCGAUCGGCGAUAGCAUGGGCAGUUUAGCAAGCAUCACAUUGACUGACAUUACCCAGAACGUUGCGCAUUCGCCGCUACUCGAGUUGCACGAGCCGAUUGUCGCCGUGUUCCCAAUACAGUGUCCCAGCGGCUCCAGCCUUCACAACAACAACGACACCGCCAAAGCCAGCACCAUCGCUGCCAACAGCAAUAAUAACAACGCUGCUUUGGCCGUGUCCGAGGCUGUCGCAGUUGUCGGGUGCUUUGGACGCGUCGCAUUGUUGUUUGCGACACCAACAGGCCUCCAGCAAGCGUUCACGAGCUUGACUCGUCCCGUACUGUCCGUAGUACGCGAUCGACAAAUGCCUGGACGAAUUUGGUUUGUCUCCAAUGGCAACGUCGAGGCUGUGGAUCUUGCAGUGUUUGUCGAGACUGCAACGCCGCCGCAGUACACGCUGCGAGCAACACCGGCACAAAGCAUCGCGACUCCGACAGGUGCCAUUCGCGUUGAAGUGCGCACGACUGGCGCGCCGUCGGGAGAACUCUUGAUUCUGAGCUCGAGAGGGCAUCUCUUUUCCCACGAUUUGAACGACGAAUCUGCGCGUAACAACACGACAACCGGAUCCCAGCACGAGAAAAAAGCAAAACUGGCGCCAGAUGCUUACAAGGUACAGCUUCUCGAGCUUGCCAAUGUAUCCCAUGCCCAGGAAACGCGCCUCAAGGCGGCGGCCGUCCGCAAUGCUCAAACUCAAAGGCUGAGUCACCUGCUGCAUGCGGCCAGCGUACUUUGCCAUGCCAGUCGAUCGAGCAUUCACGCUCAGUACGCAGACUUGGAGCGUGCACGGCCAACGGCGACGGGCCUCCUUCCGCCGCUUUCUUCGUACCGGGUGACCGGCGGGCAUGCAGCUUCCUCGGCUUCCCGCAACGUUGGAUUUCCCUCGAUUCGCUGUUCCGCCGGCCUCGUGCGUCUAGGCUCUGCAGCCACUGCCGCAAGCGUCCCCUUUGAGCAGCUUGACAGCGUCGACAACGGAGCAAUGCAGGUGGAAAUUCAGCUCGACAACCUCGCUGCUGUUCCUCUCGCGCCAGAUUGGUCUGUGCUCCUCCAAGCCGAGUUUGCCAACGAGGUUUGGGCUUCACAUGCGACAAUUCCUCUCGAGCAUGGCCUGCCAUCAAACUCGAGUCUUACAUUUCACGUCCCAUUCGAGCGACUCGUGCCAGCAGCCCAACGUCGGUUUGGGCUCGGUGUGACAGUGCAGCAUGCACCUCUGCCCGAGGGCCCCAAUCACUCUGUACUAGUGCCGUGUCGCGCGCCGUGGAAUCUGCUCCCAAUGCGCCUGAGUUUGUCUUUAAGCGCAACGACCGAAAAGGUGUUUUUGCCAAUCGGGCGCUGCCACAUCACUUCCCUCGAUUGGAUUGCCGCCGAGUAUCUGGCCACUGCACGCUGGAGCUUGUUCAGCCCAAAGCUCAACGCCUCCGCCUUUCAAUCAGAGUUGCGCUCGGCUGCAGACAUGACGAGUCCGGCGCGCGCUGUCGUGCGCUGUUCUCGAGCUCUCUUGAACGAUUCGCCGGAUGACCAAGUUCUUUCAGCGCUUUUCUCGUCAAGAGAGUUUCCCAACCGUGCCUUGUCGACAGAGUUUAUCUUGAAUGGCAACACGCAACUCGUUCUGUCCGUUGGGAAUGGAGCGAGCUUCGCCGGCCCACGCAAGUCAGUCGCACAAGCGGCUCCAACAUCAACCACCGAGGUGUCCAUUGUGGUGAGUGUGAGCACGGCUGCCGACCAGAAGGGCGCGCAGUCCAUUGCACGCCGGUUGUGUGCAAAUUUCCGUGUCGCCAUUCUUCAGCGACUCUUGAGCCUGACACUUCUCAAGCUGGAGCAAGCUCCCACUGCUCAGCUCCAAAGCCGGCUUCUCUGGAAAGGCGGACUGUCGACAAACUUGCAAGCAGCACUGCUACAAGCACCAGUCGAUGAUGAUCUCACCUUGAUGGACCGUGACGACAUGGACGAGACAGAUGGAGACAGUGGAGCACGGCAACGCCGGUCUAUUUCUGCAGCGGCCGUCCGUUCCAAGCGCAGCAAUUUACAACGCGGUGCCGCCUCUCUGAUGAUCGUUUCGACCGCGACUCACCAGCGAGUCGUGUCUUUACUCCAAGAGUCUCAACUCCAGUCAUUCCCCAUUGCGAACUGGCGUUCCGAUUUCCACACCGCGCGCAUUUUGCAAGUGUACGAGGCGCUCCGUACAGCUUCCUAGUCGCAGCGACCUUUUUGAGAAUUGCUGCGAAUUACUGUUGUCAUUGUUUGACAGUCUCAGAGUUUCAACACCCACCCAAUCUUUCGCAAUUACAUCCUUCCCUCGACUCUGCACAUCCUAAUACAUAAUCCGAGUCACACACAGUCCUG